AUGGUAGACCGAUCCAUUGCAGAGUUCUUCGUUUUAGGUCGAGAGCUAGGGCGCGGAGAGUUCGGCGUGACGUGUCUCGCGACAAGCAAGGCGACCGGCGAGCAGGUGGCCGUUAAGUCUAUCCCUAAGCGGAAAUUAAAGACGGCCGUGGAUAUCGAGGAUGUGCGGAGGGAGGUCGCGAUUAUGCACCACUUACCGCCGCACCCUAACAUAGUGGGACUUAAAGGGGUGUUCGAGGAUCGGCACGCGGUUCACAUUGUUCAGGAGCUGUGCGAAGGCGGGGAGCUGUUCGAGAGGAUUAUAGCGAGGGGACAUUAUAGCGAGCGAGCGGCGGCUGUUAUCACACGGACUAUUGUGGAGGUCGUGCAGGUGUGCCACAAGCACGGGGUGAUGCAUCGGGACUUAAAGCCCGAGAACUUCCUGUUCGCGAACAACCAGGAGGACGCGGCGUUGCGAGCCAUCGACUUCGGGCUCUCCAUCAUGUUCAAGCCGGGCGAGACGCUGAGCGAGAUCGUGGGCAGCCCCUACUACAUGGCGCCCGAGGUGCUACGGAAGAACUACGGCCCCCUGGCGGACGUGUGGAGCGCCGGCGUCAUUCUCUACAUUCUUCUCUGCGGCGUACCGCCCUUCUGGGCAGAGACGGAGCAGGGCGUGGCGCAGGCGGUGCUGCGGUCGCAGGUGGACUUGAAGCGCGACCCAUGGCCCAAGGUGUCAGACGGGGCAAAGCACCUCGUCAUGCUCAUGCUGCAACCCGACACCUCCAAACGCCCCACCGCGCAGCAAGUGCUGCAGCACCCAUGGCUGAGGGAUGCGAACGAGGCGCCAGACACGCCACUGGGAGUGGAGGUGCUGUCGCGCAUGCAGUCGUUCCAGGCUAUGAACAAGCUCAAGAAGAAGGCUCUCAAGGUGAUAGCGGAUCAGCUGUCAUCAGCGGAGGAGCUGCAGGGUCUACAGGAGGUGUUCAAGAUCAUCGACGAGAAUGGCGACGGCACGCUCACCCUCGAGGAGCUGCGCAACGGCCUCCGCCGCAUCGGCUCUCCUCUCUCUGACGCCGAAGUGCAGGCUCUGAUGGACGCUGCCGACAUCGAUGGCAAUGGGGAGAUAGACUACAGCGAGUUUGUGGCGGCAACGAUGCAUCUGCAGCGCGUGGACAACGAGAAGAACCUGCAGGCGGCGUUUGACUACUUUGACUCGGACCGCAGCGGGUUCAUUGACAUUGAGGAGCUGGCUGAUGCACUGGGGGCGGACUUGACGUCUCUCAAGGAGAUCCUGGCUGAGGCGGCGUUUGACUACUUUGACUCGGACCGCAGCGGGUUCAUCGACAUUGAAGAGCUGGCAGAUGCACUGGGAGCGGAUCUCACAUCGCUCAAGGAGAUUCUGGCUGAGGUGGACACCAACAAUGCAGCGUUUGACUACUUUGACUCGGACCGCAGCGGGUUCAUUGACAUUGAAGAGCUGGCGGACGCCCUGGGGGCAGACUUGACUUCUCUGAAAGAGAUUCUUGCUGAGGUCGACACCAACAAUCAGCCGCUUUCCAAUCAUUCAUCUCUUUGCCCCUCUCUCCGAUAUGUGCUCCUCUCACCGUUCUCCUCUCACUCGCCAUCGCUGCCCCUCACUCCCAUCUCCAAACCUCAGGAUGGCAAGAUCAGCUUUGAUGAGUUCAAGGUGAUGAUGCGCAAGGGCACGGACCUCAGAGGCAGUCUGCGCCACUUCUCCAAGAGCCGCUCCUCCCUGCGCGCCCUGCUCAAGCUCAGCGAAAUUGACUUGGCAGGAGGCCCCACCGAUGGCACCCCUGCCAAUUCUUGA